AUGGCAUGGUUAGCACAAACAUCUCUUCUCUUCCUGUUGUCUCUUCGGGAAGUUCUUCCACAAGAUCUUUAUGGACAAGGGGCUCCACAGCAACCAUAUCCAUAUGUGCAACCUAGUGCUUCUUCUGGAUCUGGUGGGUACGUUCCGAACCCUCAGUCCAGUAUUCACACAGUUCAGCAGCCAUACCCAAAUGUUGAUGUAGUUGAACCAGAUGUUGAUAGUGUCGAUAUCUAUGAGACCGAAGAGCCACAAUUCAAAGUUGUCAACCCAGUUUUUCCGAUGGGUGGAUCUGGAGUUGUUGAGCCCGGAACACUUCCACCACCAGUUGCUCCACCACAAGUUCCUGAUAAGCCUGAUAACAGUUAUGCAAUAAAUUAUUGUGAUAAACGAGAGUUUCCGGAUGAUGUUUUGGCCCAAUAUGGAUUGGAGAGAAUCGAUUAUUUCGUCUACAACACUUCUUGCUCUCAUAUUUUCUUCCAGUGUUCGAUUGGUCAAACAUUCUUGCUCUCGUGUACUUCUCAAGAUCAAGCAUUCGAUAAGUCUACUGAAAAUUGUAAUUUUAAAAAUGCUGUGAAGUUCUGUCCGGAAUAUGAUCACGUUAUGCAUUGCACGAUCAAAGAUACAUGCAGUGAGAAUGAAUUUGCCUGUUGUGCAAUGCCACAAACAUGUAUUCAUGUCAGCAAAAGAUGUGAUGGACAUCCGGAUUGUGCUGAUGGAGAAGAUGAAAAUAAUUGUCCAUCAUGUGCCCGUGACGAGUUUGCAUGUGUGAAGAGUGAACAUUGUAUUCCAGCCAACAAGAGAUGCGAUGGAGUUGCAGAUGACUGUGAAGAUGGGUCGAAUCUAGAUGAAAUCGGAUGCAGUAAAAAUACAACUUGCAUUGGGAAGUUUGUGUGUGGAACAUCUCGCGGAGGAGUGUCUUGUGUCGAUCUGGAGAUGCAUUGCGAUGGAAAGAAGGAUUGUUUGAAUGGAGAAGAUGAAAUUAAUUGCAAACAAGAAGGAAAACAAAAGUAUCUGCUCUGUGAAAACCAAAAACAAUCGGUGACUCGUCUGCAAUGGUGCAAUGGAGAAACGGAUUGUGCUGAUGGAUCCGAUGAGAAAUACUGUUAUUAA